UCUGUUAAAUCGGAAAUGGAGGAGCAAAAGGAGGAAUGCCAGCUGAGCCCUGAGGAAGAGUAUCUGCAGGUGCUACUGCAGAUGAAGAUGACAAGUGCUGAUCAGUUUGACAACUUGGAGAAGCAUACACAGUGGGGGAUCGAAUUUGUGGAGAAGUACACCAAAUUCGUUAAAGAGAGAUCGGAGAUUGAAACCAACUAUGCAAAACAAAUUAGGAAUUUAUCAAAGAAGUAUCAACCCAAGAAGAACUCACGAGAAGAGGAAGAGAGCAAGUACACCUUCUGUCGAGCCUUCCUGACGACACUUAACGAAUUAAAUGACUACGCGGGUCAACACGAGGUCAUAGCGGAGAACCUGACGUCUCAAAUCAUCACUGAGCUUUCACGCUACCUGCAGGAGCUCAAGGCCGAGAGAAAAUCGCACUUCCAUGAUGGGCGUAAGGCACAGCAACACAUUGAGAGCUCGUGGAAACAGCUGGAAUCAUGUAAAAGAAGGUUUGAGAGAGACUGCAAAGAGGCAGACAGAGCACAGCAAUACUUUGAGAAGAUGGAUGCUGACAUUAACGUGACUAAGGCUGACGUGGAGAAGCGAAGUUCCCACAAGGCACGACAGCAAGCUCAGAUGAGGCACCAGAUGGCUGCUGACAGUAAGAGCGAUUACUCCGCCUACCUGCAAAAGUUCAACCAGGAGCAGAAUGAACAUUACUACACAGUUAUACCCAACAUAUUCCAGAAACUUCAAGACAUGGAGGAGAAAAGAAUUGAUAGGAUAGGAGUGUGCAUGAAGACGUUUGCAGACGUGGACCGCCAAGUGCUGCCCAUCGUGGGAAAAUGUUUAGACGGCAUGACGAAAGCUGCGGAGUCCAUCGAGCCCAAGACUGACUCGAAGCAGGUGGUGGAGUCCUAUAAGUCUGGGUUCGAGCCCCCAGGAGAUGUGGAGUUUGAGGAUUACGGCCAGGCCAUGAAGAGGACGGCGUCUGACACCAGCCUGUCCAACUCCAGAGAUGUCAAGGAGAAGCCCAAGGAGAAGAGCAAGGGCAAACUGUGGCCUUUCAUUAAGAACAAGAACAAGCUUAUGUCCCUGUUAACGUCCCCCCACCAGCCCCCACCUGCCCCCCCAGCCUCAUCCCCGCCCUCACCCUCUGCUGUUCCCAACGACCCCCAGUCUCCCAAGCAGCACAAGGAGCCCCUCUCCCACCGCCUCAACGACUUCAUGACCUCCAAACCCAAAAUGCAUUGCCUCCGGAGCCUGAGGCGAGGGCAGCAAUCCCCGCGCUCGCUCAUUUGUCACAAAGAGCUUAUGAAGAGGACUCUGGGUCGGCCCACAUAUGCUUUCGAAGCCAGGCAAUAUGUUCUUUCUCUCAAGCUGAUCACACUCAAUUCCCACGUCCGGAAUCUCAUUGAGGGCUCCGGACCAGAGGACUUCAGCCACCUGCCACCAGAACAGAGGAGGAAGAAGCUGCAGGGCAAGAUAGAUGAACUCAAUAAGGACAUUCAAAAAGAGAUGGACCAGAGGGAUGCUCUAACUAAGAUGAAAGACGUGUACGUGAAGAACCCUCAGAUGGGAGAUCCGGCCAGUGUAGACCCUCGGCUAUCAGAAAUAGGCCAGAACAUCGAGAAACUUCAGUUUGAAGUGCAGAAAUUUGAGGGCUGGUUAGCAGAGGUGGAGGAAAGGAUGCCAUCCAAGAGCGAUACACACCGGAGAAGUGGACUCUAUGAGACCCAGAACAACACAACAGUGAGCAACAACUGUGCGCAGGACAGAGAGAGGCCUUUGAGCAGCCCGGAUGGCAGCUACACAGAGGAGCAGAAUUCAGAGACUCAGGUCAAAGCAAACAUCAACCCCAUCCCCCCCACCUCCACCACGCCAGAGUUUGACGAUGAGUUUGACGAUGAGGAGACCCUGCCCACCAUCGGCACCUGCAAAGCCUUGUAUCCAUUUGAAGGUCAUAAUGAAGGCACCAUCUCAGUGGCAGAGGGCGAGCUGUUGUACGUCAUAGAAGAGGACAAAGGAGACGGCUGGACACGAGUGCGCAGGAACGAGGACGAGGAGGGAUACGUCCCCACAUCCUACGUCGAGGUCUUUUUGGAAACAAAUGCCAAAGAUUCCUAAAAGUGUGAGGCUGGCUGAGGAAUGGCAGGGCAAGCAGCCUCGGAGAAACCACCAUGUUCCUCACGUGCUCACAGUCAGAAAGUGACAGAUGACCCCGAAUCUAUAAAGAGAAAGACGGCCGAUUUAGUACGCAUCUCAAUUUCCAAACCAUUACAAAAACUUAUCGGCAGCGCUGUGCUUCCCCCGCAGAACUCUGCGACGUGAAGCCACGAUAAGAGAAAUCCAUCUAAAUUAUAGAGCUCAUAACCUUUUCCAUUCUUAACACCCAUACAGCAGUCACAACCACAGUAUCCAAUUUGCUUUGUGUUGUUUUCAGCAAAGCUUUGCUUCUUAAUGUAACUAACUCCGCUUGCACCACGCGCGGUCAUGAACGUGGCUGUUGGCUUCCUCGCUCUGAACGUCCCCCCCCUACCCCCUGGCUCUGCCACUUCUCUUUCUCCUUACCUUUGCCCCCAUUGCACACACACACAUGGCAGAAGGUGUGGUCAGAGACAGGACGGAGACCAGCGGGAGCCUUACGGACACGAACACCUUCAUCAAGCGGUGUGUAUGUGUGUGAGUCAUGAACUCCUCACUCACUCUCUGACUCAAAAAAAAAACAAACACCCAGGGCUUAUCUACCUUCAUCUGGGGCUUUAAAUAUCUCACCCUCCCACUAAAGCUCCAUAUUUGCAGGUUUCAGAAGAAGUAAAGGUGCUAAUCAUCUAUCUGUGUGUUCUGUACUUCUGGUUUACGUUCUGUGUUUGUCUGAGCUGAAUGCUUGUACGUAUGUCCUGUUCUAAAGGUGUUGUAAUGUCGCAUUCUCUCCACACCACCCCGAUCACCCCUACAUAUCCAGGAGCAACUGGGGGGAAAAUGGAUCGUUCACCAUUUCAUUCUACACUUCCUGUCUUGUCACUGGUGUCUCCUCCUCUCUCUGACCACACCCUCCCUCACCUCCACAGCCCUUGUCCCAAUGCGGCUCAGGCUAUCCCUUCUUGGCUGCUUUGAGCGGAGUGCCCCCCCCCCCCCCCCCCUUUUUUUUUUUUUUUUUGCAACAGGGGGCCUCUCAGCGUUGUGGUGUGCUGCAUGCUUGCCCUGUCUUCCUCCUUGCCCCUCUGCUGGCAACCUGGAGUAGGUGGUCGGGGUGUUGGGUCAGCUUACGCCCCCUCCUUGCCUCCAGCCUUUCUGUUCAGUUAACCCUCAUUGCCUGGUCGUACUGUUUUGAAUUAACCUGAAUGCUACUGUUUGGGUUCGGUGCCUGUGGUUCCUUUUUUUUAUUUAAUAUAUCUCUUUUCUUUUGGUUCAGAAAGCAUGUUUUUUAACAGCGAGCGAGUGAUCUCCUCCCAGUGUUCCCCAGUUUACUCUCAAAAGCUGUCAGUAAAGGACGGUAGGGACCCGAAACGUUGCUUUCUGAAUGAUCUUAUGCAUAGCUAGGUCAUGGAUGUCUUGUGCAUUUGUUUUACUGUAAGUACACAGUACGGUAUGUUUGUAAAAAAAAACUGUUAGUAUUGUUAUGUUUUGAUCAGAGUGUCUAACGCAAGUUGUUGUUAGUUUACAGUUAAUCAGCCUUGUGGAAAUGUCUCCGCUCGGUCCAAGCAACCCAAAAAUACAACCUAUGAAGAUAUGAUUUACACCUGAUGUUAACUGUCUACUGUAUAUGAAAAUAUACUGUGAUCCAUAUUUUCCUGUGAGUUUGUGACUGAAUUGUGACCCAGAAUCACCUGUUUUUGGGCCUUAACUCAAAAGGAUAAUGUCAGCUGUGGUAUGAUGGAAGAAUUAAGAUGUGAUUAUCUCAAAAAAGUUUGGGGGCAAAUUUCAGAGUUUUUAUAAUCAUACAAUAUGUCCACUGCCCCCCCCCCCCCCCUUCUGCUCAAUGGCACAUAAUGUACGUGAUUUUAACUUUUUUUUUGUUUUAUAUUUGAUGAUGAUGAAUUCAGCUUUUUGUUUUUGUUUUUUUUGUUUUUGUUUUUUUUUUUUAAGCUGGAAGUCUAUGAUGUAGCUUAUUCUGCCUGAAUGGGACUAAAAUCCCUGCAAACUGCAAAUAUGAGUAACAAUGAAAUUGUUUUGAAUGAAGCCAUUCUCAUAGAUUCAUCUGAUGCAGCAUGUUACGAACACUUCUCAAACGCAGGAGUGACGAACAUAUUGACCAUCUGGACUCUUGAUGGAAGGAAUGAUCAAAUCUCUGCUGAAUGAAGCCUAAAAGUACCAUGUUUGCUUUUCCACCACCCGUCGCCCGAUAUGUCGAGAUAUGAAACAAGCCACUUUUGUUCAUUACAUUUUUUUGUUUUCAGUGAUGAAUCUGAUGAGGCCCAGUUCACCGCUUUGAGCGCAGCAGUAGCUUUAUAGUAGCCAUCUGCCUGCCAGUGCUCUGCAGUCAGACCACCACAAACCUUUGAGUCGAUGCCCCAGAAUAACCUGCCUGUACAGCGGAAAUGGCACGUUGGAAUUAGAGAGAAUAUAUAUGAAUAUAUAAAUAAAGUUUAAAAAGGAAAACAUCUAUUUUAACUAUUGAGGGUCUUACCAUUACUUUAUCUGCUUUGCAAGGUAAGACUUUUUUUCCUUUGUAAGGUCUACCAAAUGGUGUGUUUUUGCACUUUUUCGUUUGUGUUCCAUUUGGUAGCCCAUGCUUGUGUUUUGGAGCACUGAAUACUUUGUAUUGUGUUUACCGUGCCAAUUAAAUAUGCCUGGAAAGUUAA